UCUCACGCUCGGUUCCUGCGCCUGUGACGUCUCUCUCUGUCCUGCAUGGUCAACGUCUACAGGAUAGGACCUGGGCACAUUUUACUGACACCGAGUUUGGAGUACCUGUGUCUAUUGCUAAGUAUGGUUGCUUUCCCCGCAAUUGAUACGCAUGACAUGAAGUCGUAUUCUCCCCUACAUAAAGGGCUUCGUCGAGCUGCGAUAACUCAUCCUCACCAUGGCUGCACCACCUUCCCCGCUACGCGUGCUAGCUGACACGAUCUCUCAGGCGGUCACCGUCAUCGACGACGCCUUUGCGCUCACCGGACGGUCCUACCCGCCGCUCCGCGCACCUUUCAAUGCUGACUCCCCUAGCGAGGCACUCUUUCGCCAAGAGGAAGUAGCGAAGGCUGUGGACACCAUUCUGCAAUCAUGUAGCGCCUUGACCGCGUCUGCAGGCACUCCUCACCUUCGGGUAGUCCAGAAGACGAUGGGGUAUACAACCACCGCCGCGCUCGGGGUCGCUAUCGACGGCUACGUCGCCGAGAUACUGCGCGACCAUCCCAACGGACUUCACUACAAGGACAUCGCGCUGCGCAAUGGCCUGAACGCGGACAAGCUAGGCCGUAUACUGCGAAAGCUAGCCUCUGUACAUAUCUUCACGGAGGUUUCCCCAGACGUCUUCUCAAACAACCGCUUGUCAUCGGUCCUUGAUACCCACAAAUCUGUACAAGGAGUACAGGCUAAUCCCGUCGAGCACUUCACUGGAUCGCAGGGAAUAGGGUCUUAUAUUUACAAACUAACCGACGCCGACCUCAAGAGCGCUGCCAAUCUCUCUGAGACGCUCAAUGAUCCGGAAUAUGGCGAUGAAGACGUCGGCGAGAAGUCCGCAUUGUCGUAUACGUUCAAGACCCCUUUGGGCAUGUAUGACUGGCUCGAGCAACCAGGGAACGAGCGACGUCUGGCUUGCUUCUCAGACGCCAUGAGGGCCCAGAUAACUUCCCUACAACCACCGAAUGCUGUCGUACUGGAAGGUUUCGACUUCUCCGCGCUUGAUCCCGGCUCGAAGGUAGUGGAUGUCGCCGGAGGUAUCGGUCAUGUUGCUAUGGCCAUUGCGAAGCGAUACCCCGAACUUCAUUUCGUUCUCGAGGAGCGCCCUGCAGUUCUCGAACAGGCCAAAGAGUUCUGGUGCAAGGGACUCUCUGACGCCUCCAUCGAAUUCGUGCCCCAAGAUUUCUUCCAGCCGCAAGUCAUACAGGACGCCUCCGUCUUCCUCCUCUUUCACAUCUUGCAUAAUUGGGGCAAGACGCGUGCCGUAGAAAUCCUACGGAACCUGCGCCUGGCAGCGGGCCCAGAUACGAGGCUCAUCAUCGGGGAUAUGAUCAUCCCGCAUGCAUCCUACGAACAACCUGCUGUCGCUAGCAAGAUCGAGGGCGCGGAUACGCUCUUGUCGCCAGUCUCACCUCUUCUGGCCCCUGGCCGAGCGGAGCACGGCACAACGUUGGACAUGCUCAUGCUGGCCGACCUCAACGGCGAGGAGCGCACGUUAGGCAGAUUCGUUGAUCUACUGGAAGCUGGCGGCUGGUCUAUCGUCGAGGUACACCAUAUGCAGGGAGCCUUUGACUCGCACAUGGUGGCUGCCCCUGUGUAG